AUGCGAAAACGCGGUCAGGACAGCCUGGCAGGACGGCACCCCGGGAUGCUGCACAGGGCCAAGUACAGCCGCUUUCGGAACGAGUCCAUCACGUCCUUGGACGAAGGCAGCCCUGGAGGCGCGGUCGGGGCCAAGGGCUCGCCACAGCCACCCUGCCCCACCCUGACACCUCACCUGCCAGCGGAAGAUGCUACCUUGGCGUCCCAGGACAGCCCCACUACAUUGUGUACCUUGAUCCCCCGUAUGGCGAGUGUGAAGCUGGCCAACCCAGCCACCUUGCUGAGUCUGAAAAACUUUUGUCUGGGUACCAAAGAGGUGCUGCGGCUGAAGCUCCCAGAAAGCCAGGAACCCGCUCCGAGCAGUCCCGCUUCCCCCGAAACCAGUCAAAAUAGGGCCGGGUCUGCAGCUUCCCUCCGGUCGGACUUGGUGGAGCACACAGCACAUGCAGUAACUCAAGAUGCCUGUCCGCUUCCAGGCCCUGGGGAGCCAACCCCUGGGAACAGGCAGGACAGGCACUUUCUCCAGCACCUGUUGGGGAUGGGCAUGAACUACUAUGUGAAGUAUAUGGGCUGUAUUGAAGUGCUGCAAUCAAUGAGGUCACUGGAUUUUGGAAUGAGAACCCAAGUUACAAGGGAAGCAAUAAGUCGCCUGUGUGAAGGGGUCCCUGGGGCACAUGGAGCUAUUAAAAAGCGAAAGCCUCCAGUUAAGUUGCUAUCAACAGUUCUUGGCAAAAGUAACCUUCAAUUUUCUGGAAUGAAUAUAAAACUGACCAUCUCAACAUGCAGUCUCACACUGAUGAAUCUUGACAACCAACAGAUCAUUGCAAAUCAUCAUAUGCAGUCAAUUUCGUUUGCCUCUGGCGGAGACUCUGAUACUCCAGACUAUGUUGCCUACGUAGCUAAAGAUCCAGUGAAUCAACGAGCCUGUCACAUACUGGAAUGCCGCAAUGGAAUGGCCCAAGAUGUCAUAAGUACCAUAGGGCAGGCUUUUGAACUCCGGUUUAAACAGUACCUGAAAAAUCCUUCUUGGAAUACUUUCUGUGAAAGUGAGGAGAUACAGAUGGAUGGCAGUGCUGAGGAGAGAGAAGAUCAUGAAUAUUACAAUGAAAUCCCAGGGAAGCCACCACCUGCAGGUGGUGUUUCAGACGCGCGGAUGAAAGUUCAAGCCACAGAGCAAAUGGCUUACUGUCCAAUACGAUGUGACAAGUUAUGCUAUUUGCCUGGAAACUCCAAGUGCAGCAGCGUAUAUGAGAACUGUUUAGAACAAAGCAGACCAAUGGGUAAUGUCCACGAGAGAGGGGUACAGUCCCAACAAGACUCCUCAUUAGUGAAGCACACCAUGUGUCGAGUGGAUCUCUUUGACGACCCAUGUUACAUUAAUACACAGACGCUUCAAAGUACUCUUGGAUCUGCUCGAAAUCAAAGCUUGACUCAAGCUCUUGGGAGCCCAUGGCACCGUGGCAAGGCACCAGAAACAGUUCAGCCAGGCGCCACAGCCCAGCCUGCCAGCUCACAUAUUAAACAGCAGCUGCGCAGUGAAGACUGUUACCACGGCAAGCUGAGCAGGAAGGCAGCAGAGAGCCUCCUGGUCAAAGAUGGGGACUUUUUGGUUCGAGAGAGUGCGACAUCCCCUGGCCAAUAUGUGUUGAGUGGACUACAAGGAGGCCAGGCAAAACAUCUUCUCCUGGUGGAUCCUGAAGGCAAGGUGAGGACCAAGGACCAUGUGUUUGAUAAUGUUGGCCACCUUAUCAGAUAUCACAUGGAUAACAGUUUGCCAAUUAUCUCUUCUGGAAGUGAAGUAAGCCUUAAGCAACCAGUGAGAAAAGAGAAUAAUCCAGGACUUCUGCAUUCCAACAAAUGA